AUGAAAUUCCUCCUGCUCGCCGCCCUCGUCGCGGUCGCCUUCAGCUCGCCUAUUGGAGAGCAGUACAAUGAACAGGCGGUUAAGGACUUUUACGCCGACGGCUACAUCGUCGGCGGCACCGAGGCGGCCAACGGCGCCGCGCCGCACCAGAUCUCCCUGCAGCGAUCGUCGCACAGCUGCGGCGGCUCCAUCAUCAGCGCCAACUGGAUCGUCACCGCCGCCCACUGCAUCGACGGCGUCAGCGCCAGCUCCCUCAACAUCCGCUACAACACCCUGACGCACAACAGCGGCGGAACGAUGGUCAAGGUGAGCAAGGUGGUGAAGCACCCCAGCUACUCCAGCAGCACCAUCGACAAUGACAUCGGCCUGCUGAAGACCGCCACGGCGCUGGUGCUCGGCAGCACCAAUGCCAACACCAUCGGCCUGCCCGCCCAGGGCUCCGACCCCACCUCCGGAGAUGUGACCAUCACCGGCUGGGGCACCACCAGCUCCGGCGCCAGCUCGCUGCCAACCAAGCUGCGCACGGUGACGGUGCCGAUCGUGUCUCGGGCUGAAUGCCGCACCGCCUACGGCGCCUCCGCCAUCACCGAUAACAUGUUCUGCGCCGGAGUGCUCAAUGUCGGUGGCAAGGACGCUUGCCAAGGUGACAGCGGUGGCCCAGUUGUGGAUGCCAGCGGAACCCUCGUCGGCGCCGUUUCUUGGGGCCGCGGCUGCGCCCAGGCCAAAUACCCGGGCGUGUACACCCGAGUGGGCAACUACAUCGACUGGAUCAACAAGAACGCCGUCUAG